AGUUGGUUUUGAAAUGGAUAACCAAGAUAUUGAUUACAAAUGUGGAGGUAGUCUUAUAAGUGAGAACUUUAUCGUAACUGCAGCUCAUUGUACAAACAUUACCGGACAAUCUCCAAUUCAAGUACGCAUAGGUGACUUAAACCUAAAAGCAGAUGAAAAUAAUGUAGAACCACAAACACUUAGAAUCAGAAACAUAUACAUUCAUCCCAGCUAUCGUUCAACUUCAUAUUACAAUGAUAUAGCUUUACUUGAACUAGAAGAAGAUGUAGAAUUUACAGAAUUUGUGCGACCCAUACAUCUUUGGGUUAAUGAAAGUAUACCAUAUACUAUUGCAUUUGCAAUGGGCUAUGGAGCGACUGCUUUUGGAAAAGAGCGUACGAAUCGUUUAACUGAUUUGAAUAUGACAAUUAUAUCGAAUGAUGAGUGCAAUCGUGUGAUGCCCGCAUUACCAGAAACAGCGUCUGGUAUAAUUUCCAGUCAAAUUUGUGCACAGGAUAAAUUAAUGAAUCGCGAUACUUGCCAAGGUGACUCUGGUGGUCCAUUGCAAUUAAAUGUACAAGGACGACGACGUAGAAAGCGUAAGCAUUUUUAUUUAAUCGGUAUAACUUCAUAUGGUUUAGCUUGUCGCAGUGGCAAUCCAAGCGUGCAUACGAGAAUCUCAUCAUAUCUAGAUUGGAUUGAAAGCAUUGUUUGGAGAAAUGAAUAG